GAUAUUCAAACUUCACUUGAAUACCGCGUGACCGCAGUUUCUUGACUUCCAUGAAAUUAUCUUUAUACUUUGUUGGCAAGGAAAUCUCUGUUACAUCAGCUUGAGUACGGUAACCAACGAUUGCUUAACUUUCUAACCAAGUUGCCAUAGUUUGAGAUCUGACUCAGCUGACUCUACCCUGUCGCAAUUUUGCACUUGUCAAAGCUGUUUUCGCCAUAAUCCGGGCUAGUGAUUUGUAUCAACUCGAACAGAAUCAGCACCUGUUGCUUCUUCAUCGUAGCCAUCAUGUCGAAAUCGGAUGUGAAACCACGAGUACUUAUCUUGGGUGGUUGUGGAUUUGUUGGUAGACACCUUGUUUCAUUUCUGGUCAAUGAAGGAUUAGUAAGCCAUGUUAGGAUUGUUGACAAAGUUCCACCGCCUAUGGCCUGGCUAAACGAUUGUCAGCUAAAGGCAUUUAACAGCCCAAUUGUUGAGUUCAAAAGCGCCAACCUCUUGAACACAGUUUCCAGAGAAAAUGCAUUUUCUACAGAUGACAAUAAUAGGAGUGACUAUUGGGAUUUUGUCAUAAAUCUUGCCGCAGAGACAAAACAUAACCAAACACGUGCUGUUUAUGAACAAGGGACAAUUCCAUUAAGUGUUGGUUGUGCUGAACUUGCAGCAAAACAUCAGGUCAAAAGAUAUGUAGAAAUGUCAGACAGUCACUGUUAUUCUGGGAAAAAGAAACCUGCUCAAGAAGAUGACCCAGUUGAGCCAUAUACUUUGUUUGCUGAAUGCAAAAUGGAAGUAGAAAAAGAACUAGGGAAAAUAGACCAACUGAAUUAUGUCAUCUUACGACCUGCCAUAAUUUAUGGUGUAGGGGAUCGUGUAGGCCUAACGCCCUGGUUGAUCCUCGGAGCUAUCUAUCGACAUCUUGGGGAGACUCUACAACUUUUAUGGCACAAUGAGGUCCAUAAUAACACCGUUCAUGUCAUUGAUGUUUGCCGAGCCAUUUGGCAUAUUUGCAACUCCAGCCAAGUAACCUCUGGCCAAGUCUUUCAUGUCUCGGAUGAUGCUGAUACGACAUUGGGCGAUUUAGCUGAAAUUAUAGCUGAUUUAUUCGAAAUCAAGUAUAAGUUUGUCGGGAAAAUGUUGUCCACCCUCGCAAAACUUGACUUGAAAGCUACCGCAGAAGAUGCUAACGAUAAACACCUCCCGCCUUGGGCAGAGAUAUGCCAAUCUGUUGGAAUUACUAACACACCGCUUAGCCCAUACGCUACGGUGGAGAACAUAUCUGGAAGAAAUCUUUGGCUUGACAACUCUAAACUCCGAGACAAAACUAACUUUGAGAUCAGUAUUCCGAAACCGACGAUCGACCUUCUCAAAGAGUGUCAUACUUUUUAACACCUUAACUCUAGGUUUUGGACGAUUUCGUAUCGAUGAAUCUGUUUCCAACUCUCGAUAAGUGAAAUUGGGCUUCAGCCAUUAACAUCGCAUUCGGAACACUAACUAUUUGGGGUCUAGUCCGUCCAAGGUUUUAACCUUGCACAUCUUUUUUUUAAUUUUUCAAAUCUCCUCUCGCUUUUGUCGCAAGCUUGGCCUCAAGAUGGUAGUAUUCACAUCAUCCUGUAUUUCUGUCGGUUGUUGCGUCCUUUAUACGAAAAGGAAAAAGAAACUUACCAUUUUCCAAUUGAAACUGAUGAAACUGUGGAACAAACAGCAUGUCCUGACAUAAAUAAUCGGAAUUUUCUCUCAUUCAAA